AUGUUUGAAAUUAAGCUGAAUGAUAAGAUUACUGAAUUCCUGCGAAAGUUCAAAAAUAGUGCAAGGUCAAACAGAGAUAUUGAUGGGGACAUUGAUUUGUUUCUGCAGCAACACGCCAUCCCUAUGCGAUCAUUGCUUUUUUAUAUAGAAGAAUACAGAAAGGACAGCGAUAUACCUUAUUCGAUAAGAGAAAUGUUGAGACCGUUCAAAUUCCAGUUCAAGCCUAAAAAUGUGAGAGGUUCACAUUAUUCAGAGGACUUUAAGAAAAAUUUAGAGUUUUUGAAAUAUCAGCAACAAGAGUAUGAAUACCAAACUAUAGUCAAGAGAAACAAGCCAAUCUAUUCACUCCGAGACGAAGAUGAGCUAACACCUUCACAAAUCAAUAAGCAGAUUAAGGAACAAGUUACCACUGUUUUCAACGUUCUUGUGAGUGUCGUAUCGGUUGUUGUGGCUAUCUGGUAUUGGACCGGAACUUCAACAAACUUCCCGGUUCAUGUUCGUCUUUUGCUGUGCUUGUUUUUUGGAAUAUUAGUCUUAGUGGCAGAUGUUGUUGUCUAUAACAGUUACCUGAAGAAACUCGAAGAAGCAAAAGUAAAAGAAAAAACAAAGGUCGAGAAAAAAAAAGUUUUAACCAAAAUUACACUUUAG